AAAUAGGCCUGCAUCAUAAAGACCAUCCUUCAUCACCCUUCACACAAACAUAAACAUUGAAGCGCGAGCUUGUAGCUCCCGCAAAAAAAGAAGAAGAAGCAAGAGCUAAGCACCAUGAAGACCAUGUUCAUCGUCGCUCUCAUCGCCCUCGCGGUGAUCAGCUCUGUUGCGCAACUGGACACUACCUGCAUCCAGGGCUAUGGGCAAUGCCAGCAGCAACCGCAGCACAUGAACACAUGCGCUGCUUUCCUACAACAGUGCAGCCCGACGCCAUAUGUACAGUCACAGAUGUGGCAAGCAAGCGGUUGCCAGUUGAUGCGACAACAGUGCUGCCAGCCGCUGGCCCAGAUCUCAGAGCAGAAUAGGUGCCAGGCCGUCUGUAGCGUGGCACAGGUCAUCAUGCAGAAGCAGCAACAGCAGCAAGGGCAAAGUUUCGUCCAGCCUCAGCAACAAGUUCCGGUUGAGAUAACCAGGAUGGUGCUUCAGACCCUUCCAUCGAUGUGCAGGGUGAACAUCCCGCAACAUUGCGUCGACACCCCGUGCAGCACCAUCACUCAGAGCCCCUACAACAUCCCUAUGGCCGCUACCUGUGUUGGUGGUACUUGCUAAGAUCUAUGCUGCGCUAGCUAGAUCGAUCACCAUUUAGGUCAGAUGAUGGAUGAAGGGUGAAAAAUAAAAUAAAAGUGCUAUACAUCAUCAUGUGUGGCCAGUACUGUUGCAAGUGCAACAUAGAAAUAAGAAACCUUUGUUUCUUAAUAAAGCUUUUGUCUGAACAAAA